CGCGUGUCGAAGGUCACGGCGCGCUCACAAUGGAGCUCUCGGAGUAUGUGCAGAAAGGCUUCCAGAUGCUGGGUGAUCCCGGCUGCUUCGACCCCAGCGCCUUCAUGCUUCUCCUCCGGGCGGCUUUCCAGAGCCUGCUGGACGCCCAGGCGGACGAGGCCGUGUUAGAUCACCCAGACUUGAAACAUAUCGACCCAGUAGUAUUAAAACACUGUCAUGCAGCAGCUGCAACCUGUAUACUGGAAGCAGGAAAGCAAAGAGCUGACAAAUCGACUCUGAGCACUUGUCUAGAAGAUUGUAAAUUUGACAGAGAGCGAAUAGAACUGUUUUGUACGGAAUAUCAGAAUAAUAAGAAUUCCCUUGAAAUCCUACUGGGAAGUAUAGGCAGAUCUCUUCCACACAUAACUGAUGUUUCUUGGCGUUUGGAAUACCAGAUAAAGACCAGUCAACUUCAUAAGAUGUACAGACCUGCGUAUUUGGUGACCUUAAAUGUAGAGAACACUGAUUCAGGAUCCCACCCAGGGAUUAGUUUUAGUUGCAACAUGGAACAAUUACAGGACUUAGUGGGGAAACUUAAAGAUGCUUCGAAAAGCCUGGAAAGAGCAACUCAGUUGUGACUUGGGGAAGUUAACAGUCUGCUCGGGUCUAGAGAAAGACCAGAAACACCUUGCCUUCAGUCGAACCAUCGUUUCUUCGAGCUGGAUGUCCUCCUUUUCAGUAGAAACAAUUUUCCCCUUGCAUAUAUGCCACUCAUCAAUUUUGACACUUUAUUUUUGCACACCUGUAAAAGGGUUAGGAAGUUCAGCUUGAGUAUUUGAAUCAUCUUUAGUAUUAACUGUACAUCUAUCCUAUUUUGAUAUUUUUCAAGUUUUAUGAAAGAAAGUAGCCAGUAUUAAGUAUUACAUUAUAAAUAAAUAAGGUAUGUUCCCCCACACAAGAAAGUUAUAUUUUGUUUGGAUUUGAGUUUGUGUGUUAUUAGUGUGACUAGAUACGAUUCGCGUUAACUUUUGACGAUCGCCAUUUCUCUGGAUUAAAGCGGAACACUGGU